GUUCCCGGAUGUUCGUUCUUUUGGGCCAACAACAAAAUGGCGGACGGUGAAGCGAAAAAGCUUCCUGAAGUUCCAGAAACCAUUCUAAAGAAGAGAAAACAGUAUGCAGAAUUGAAAGCCAAGAAGGCCAGGGCACGCUUGCUGCAAAAGAAGUCGAGUAAAAGUAAGAAGGCAAAGAUUUACAAGCGAGCUGAGCAGUAUGUGAAAGAAUAUAGAAAACAAGAAAGAGAUGUAAUUCGUCUAAAGCGUAUUGCCAGGAAACAUAACAAUUUCUAUGUGCCUGACGAGCCUAAACUAGCUUUUGUCAUCAGAAUUCGUGGUAUCAAUGGUGUAAGUCCUCGUGUCCGUAAGAUUUUACAGUUACUGAGACUGAGACAGAUCUUUAAUGGUGUGUUCAUCCGACUCAACAAAGCUACCCUCAAUAUGUUGAGACUUGUAGAACCAUACAUUGCGUGGGGUUAUCCCAACUUGAAGACCGUGAGAGAACUUAUCUACAAGCGUGGUUUUGGUAAGAUUAAUAGCAGCCGGAUUCCCUUAACAGAUAAUUAUCUCAUUGAGAAGGUUUUAGGAAGAUCAGACAUCAUCUGUAUCGAAGAUUUGAUCCACGAGAUUUUCACUGUUGGACCACAUUUCAAACAAGCGAGUAACUUUCUCUGGCCAUUCAAGCUGAGCUCGCCGCGUGGUGGACUUCGUAAGAAGGGCAACCACUUUGUUGAAGGGGGAGACUAUGGUAACAGGGAAAACUUCAUCAACAGACUUGUCCGCCGUAUGAAUUAAAAAAAGUAAAUGUAACUUUCAACUGCAAACACUGUCAAAACCAUUAAAUAACACCUGUUGCAGAAUAUAA